AGCGGCGAAGCGGCGGCGGCUCCUGUCAGGGGGGCAGCAGGUCCGGAGCGGCCGUGCUCCCCUUCCGCCGGCCCCAGCCCGAGUCCCCGUGAGCCGGAGCGCGCGGGUGCGCUCCACCACCGCCCUCGCCAUGGUGCUGUUGGCAGCGGCAGUCUGCACAAAAGCAGGAAAGGCUAUUGUUUCUCGACAGUUUGUGGAGAUGACCCGAACUCGGAUUGAGGGCUUACUAGCAGCUUUUCCAAAACUCAUGAACACUGGAAAACAACAUACAUUUGUUGAAACAGAGAGUGUAAGAUAUGUCUACCAGCCUAUGGAGAAAUUGUACAUGGUACUGAUCACCACCAAAAACAGCAACAUUUUAGAAGAUUUGGAGACUCUAAGGCUCUUCUCAAGAGUGAUCCCUGAAUAUUGCCGAGCCUUAGAGGAAAAUGAGAUAUCUGAGCACUGUUUUGAUUUGAUUUUUGCUUUUGAUGAAAUUGUUGCCCUGGGCUAUCGGGAGAAUGUUAACCUGGCACAGAUCAGAACCUUCACAGAGAUGGAUUCUCAUGAGGAGAAGGUGUUCAGAGCAGUCCGAGAGACUCAAGAACGUGAAGCUAAGGCUGAGAUGCGACGUAAAGCGAAGGAAUUACAGCAGGCCCGAAGAGAUGCAGAGAGACAGGGCAAAAAAGCACCUGGGUUUGGGGGAUUUGGUAGCUCUGCAGUAUCUGGAGGCAGCACAGCUGCUAUGAUCACAGAGACCAUCAUUGAAACUGAUAAACCAAAAGUGGCACCUGCACCAGCUAGACCUUCAGGACCCAGUAAGGCUUUGAAACUUGGAGCCAAAGGAAAGGAAGUAGAUAAUUUUGUGGACAAGUUGAAAUCUGAAGGUGAAACUAUCAUGUCCUCUAACAUGGGGAAGCGUACCUCUGAAGUAACCAAAGUGCACACUCCACUUAUUAAUAUGGAGAGUGUGCAUAUGAAGAUUGAAGAAAAGAUUACCCUAACCUGUGGUCGAGAUGGAGGAUUACAGAAUAUGGAGUUGCAUGGCAUGAUCAUGCUUAGGAUCUCAGAUGACAAAUUUGGCCGAAUUCGUCUUCAUGUAGAAAAUGAAGAUAAGAGAGGAGUUCAGCUACAGACCCAUCCAAAUGUGGAUAAAAAACUUUUCACCACAGAGUCUCUAAUUGGCUUGAAGAAUCCAGAGAAGUCAUUUCCAGUCAACAGUGAUGUAGGAGUACUAAAGUGGAGACUACAAACAACAGAGGAAUCUUUCAUUCCAUUGACAAUUAAUUGCUGGCCUUCAGAAAGUGGAAAUGGCUGUGAUGUCAACAUAGAAUAUGAAUUGCAAGAAGAUAAUUUAGAACUGAAUGAUGUGGUCAUCACCAUCCCACUCCCAUCGGGUGUUGGUGCACCUGUGAUUGGUGAGAUUGAUGGAGAGUAUCGACAUGACAGCCGGCGAAAUACCUUGGAGUGGUGCCUGCCAGUGAUUGAUGCCAAAAAUAAGAGUGGCAGCCUGGAGUUUACCAUUGCUGGGCAGCCCAAUGACUUCUUCCCUGUUCAAGUUUCCUUCAUCUCUAAAAAAAAUUACUGCAACAUACAGGUUACCAAAGUGACCCAGGUAGAUGGAAACAGCCCUGUCAGGUUUUCCACAGAGACCACUUUCCUAGUGGAUAAGUAUGAAAUCCUGUAAUUGCAAGAAGCGAGAACAGAAAAGGAAAAAGUUCAAAUUAAUAAAGAAGAAGACAAAAGUGGCCGAAGUUUUUCCAAAUUUACAAGCCAUUGGAUACUACCCUUUAUUUCCUGAUCCAGUGCACAUUCUCUGCACGCAAGGACCCUCGAGGCAUCCCCAGUGUUUCAGUGUCACAGAAACGUUCUUUGACAAAGAAAUGACACAGACAUAAAGAGAAAGGCUGCUGAUUUCUUUGGCAGAUUUUACUGGCCAGCAGGAAAGCAAAUGCUCCAGAGAAUACCCCGGCAAACACCUCCUCUGCCUUCGCCUAAAUUGCUCCUUCAUUUUUACCCCCAAAUAUAGUUAUAUUUCAUACUUUUUUUAAAAACAUUUUCUCUGUAGAUUUUAAUCUGUCAUACUCCCUUACUCUCAGUUUCUCAGUUUUUUCUUUCUGUAUACUCAGUCAAGCACUGGGAUCAUCUCUUCAUUGUGUUUGGCAGCCCUGGAACAAGGUUAUCUUACCCAUUUUUUGAUUUUUGGACAGUACUGGUAAACUGCUUAAUGGGUAUAGAGUCUAGAAGUUAAAAGAUAAGGUUGUCUUCUGUCCUUUGCCAUGUCCAUCCAUUCCUUUGCCAAGUUGUCCCCUUGUAAAUCUUGCCCUUCCAGUUUGAGAUAGUACUGUGAAUCCCACUUGGGUCAAUAUUAAAAAGUUGCUGAGAAGUAGCUCUAAGCUGCACCCGUCUCUUGAGAUGUCUAAGAGACCCUUAACCAUGUCUACUGCUAGUGCUACGCAAGCUCCCACUUCACAUUUGGGAGGUUCAGCUACAACAUACUAGCUCACAGUCUGUAAUCUACUUGUGUUCCUCAUGUUGACCACCUCCCUUUUCUUGGCUCAUCUUUCUGUUAUCUGUUUUCUCUAAGAGAAAGGAGGUUAUGGGUUUUGGGUUUUUCCUCUUGGCCUUUGAACAUCAAGGAGACUCAUCUCCACUAGUGGUAUCAUUUCAAGAGGCAGGUGAUUAUUUUGGUAUGUAGGGAUUGCUUAUAUAUACUCCCGUUUCCUCCAGCUAACCCAGCAUUUUUCCACCAGCCUUCCUUGUCCCCAUCUGAACUUGAUUUCUCUUAUGCCUUUUUGAUGUCAUCAUGAAGUGAUUUUGUCUCAGCUCCAUUUAAUCUACAGCAGUCAGCACCAACCAGGAUUGUACUUGGGGUGGGUGACAAACAGCUGUGAGGCUGCAGGCUUUGGCAGUGGGAAGAGGUAAAUGACUAUGGGCAUGCUCCCAACUGGAGAGCAGGACUCCCACUCUGAACCCUGGCCCUCCUCCAUGGCAAGAGAGUGCCAUACAGAAAACCCCUGUCACACACAAAUGGCCAGGCUGGGUUGGCUUGCCAAAGAAAUUUCUGGCCUUUCCAUUUCCCUUAACUACAUCAGGGAAGAAUCCUUAUCUCUAGCUUGGUUUUCACAUGAGGUUUUUUUGAGGAAGGGGACUGGGACAAGAAGUCUGUUAUGUAGCUAAAUAGACAAGAAAUGUUAUUAAUCCAGUUGUGUUUGAGAAUUGUUUGUCCAUAUGAUUUUUUUUAAAGUUUAAUUUCACACAGAUGUUUUUUCCUGAAAUUAAUUUUGGGGUAAUAUUUAAAGCAGACAUUUUGUAACCCUGUAAAAUACAUAGGGAAUAUAACAUUCCAGUGUACACAAAGAAGGCAAAUUCUUUAAUCAAAUAAAAGAGUAUUAUAAAAUGA